CCUACCUACGUUGGUCCACAGUGCAUCUUUUAGCAGGUUUCAGCAUGCCCGAGGCAUGCAAAAUAAUUCAUUUCAAAACUGUAAGUGUAGUGCACUGAGCUCUGUGGAACUAAGUAGCUAACUUGUUAACCCAGCUAACACGAUGAUCGUGAAGGUGAGCAUCGUGGUCCUGGUGGCAUUUCUGGUGUCCUGGGGUCAGGCAUUCAUGUCAGUUGGGGGCAACGGAAACACUCAUAUUACCAUCACUGAUAGUGCUGUAAUGGCAAAGAUCUAUGAGGUGUGUGAAGCAGUGGCUGAGUCUGAGGGAAGAGAAUUCAAACCAACAGGUUCAGCAGCAGAAGAGCUGCUGAGUGCCUGCCUGGAUACGGCCACAGGUGAAGUUUCAGGUUCCAGGUUUCGUACGGCUCUGAAUCAGAUCUACAUGCAGAACAGCUAUGUUGACCGUGACAUGAUGGACAGUGCACCUCACCACUUCAAUAAUGAGGCCUUCAAUGAGGGACGUAACCUCAUCACUCAGGGGACAGCAGCCAUUAAAGCUAAUGUCCACACUAACAACCUUCAAACUGCUCGAGAGACACUGGGGCGGGUGUGUCACACACUGCAGGAUUUUUAUAGCCACAGUAACUGGGUUGAACUAGGUAACAAAAGUCCAUAUGCCAACCUCAUCAGACCAGAUCUCCCCAUUGAGAACAUCGCAGAUGUUACAAUUCCAACAUGCAGUGACUGUGCCAGUGGCAAAUGUCCAAACCCGCUUCUGCCUGUCAUUCUGAACGAGAAGUAUCUCACUUCGGGUUACAUGGGCUUGUUAUCCUCUGACAAACCUCAGGGUAAAUGUAGCCAUGGUGGGAAUACCGAUCUCAGCAGUAGCCAGAAUCCUCGUGGAGGGAUCAAUAAAGAUGAGCGCCUUUCCUAUAAUGCUCAUCUACAUAAUACUGCUGCAAACCUGGCAUCUGAGGCCACCCUGGACCUGCUAGAAGAUAUCCGUGGGGCCAUAGGAAACAAGGACUACCUUCGGCUGAUGGGUAUCACACGAUCUGCAGUGCUGGUUUUUGUCAUUGACACUACAGGCAGUAUGUCACAAGACAUCGCAGAGGCCAAAAGAGUCGCUUACAACAUCAUUGACAGUAAGAAUGGAACUCAAGAUGAACCAUCACAAUAUAUUCUGGUGCCGUUCAAUGAUCCAGAUUUUGGACCAUUAAUAAGGACUACAGACCCAGAUGUGAUGAAAUCUGAGAUCGACAAGCUCAGCGCUUCAGGGGGUGGGGACAUCCCAGAAAUGUGCCUAUCAGGACUUCAGUUGGCUCUGACAGGUGCUCCCUCCUCCUCACAAAUAUAUGUGUUCACAGAUGCCCCAGCUAAGGAUAUGUCCCUUGAGAAUACCAUCAAUGCCCUUAUCCGCAGCACCAAGUCAACGGUGUCUUUCUUCAUGACAGCACCAAUGAGGAGGAGAAGGGAGUUGCCACGCUCACAGUUUCAAGUGUACUAUGACAUGGCCUUGGCCUCUGGGGGUCAAGCCAUUGAAGUCUCAAAGUCCCGCCUCUCUCAAGCCACUGACAUCAUUGUUGACACCUCUACUUCUGCCAUGGUAACUAUUUUGCAGCGUUCCAGGAAUCCAGGUCUUGUGGAGAGUUUCCCCUUCCUGCUGGAUAAAUCUGUAUCCAAUACUACAAUCUACAUCACAGGGAGUGACCUAAUAUUUACCCUACGCAGCCCUACAGGUGUGUCUCAAGCUAACACGGUUGCCAGUGGACCUCUGGGAAUAAUUCAGAAAGUGGGAAACCUGCAACGAAUCGAAUUGAAUGGAAUGGACAUGGGCCUGUGGAAUAUUGACAUGAAGUCAACAGGGUCCUAUACCAUAAAAGUAAUUGGUCAGAGUGCAAUUUCAUUCAUCUAUGACUUUGUAGAGGAAUUCAAAGGACCACAUCCUGGAUAUGCUGUCAUUGAUGGACGCCCAUCAGCAGGAUUACCAACUAAGCUGUUAAUAAUGCUGACUGGAGGGAAAGGUCCAGAGGUUCUGGAGGUGCAGGAAGUUGCUCUCAUGGAUGUGUCAAGGCUCAGAGUGUCUAAUGGAACUAUAGAGAACAUGACUAAUGGAUAUUUCCUAGUUACUGUGAAAGAAGUACCAGAGGGAGAGUUUGUGGUGUGGCUGAAGGGAAAAGACACAACCUCCUCUAGCCUUUUCCAGAGGCAGAGCACCACACAGAUGUCUCAGUCCAAAGUCAGCAUUAAGGCAAUGGUAGGCAGCUCCAUGCAGCCAGGAAAAGUAUUUAAACAAAAUUUUACUGUAACAACCAAUGGAACUGGUGGUGUCUACACAAUUCAUGCAAGGAACGACAAAAGCAUCCCUAUGAACUAUCCAUCAACGCUCACCCUUGUAAGUGGAGAAAGUGUUCAAGGGACAGUGUCUCUAACUCCUCCUGCUAACACUGUCUCAGGCACAGACGUUACUCUCACUAUGGAGGCAGAGGGCCCUGGAGGAAGUGACUCUAAUUAUGUUGUGCUUCGUCUUUCAGUCCUCUCAAAGGUGACAGACUUCACACCUCCAAAAUGCGAAGUGUUCGGUGUUCAGGGCAGUUGCUCCUCCUCCUCUUGCAGCUCGUCAAACUGGGAACUGUCUGUCAACAUCACUGAUGGUAAUGGCACAGGUAUCAAUAGAAUUGCCAUCCAACAAGGCAGUGGAAACCUCACUCAGAAAGAAGUAGUAAACACCAGCGUAAAUGUGGUCAUGGGUCAAUAUGAGGCUUCAUGUUGUUCACCUUCUGUGACAUUAUCUGCAGUUGACAAGGUGGGGAAUGUGGGAAGAUGCAUUUACAGCAUGAAGACCAGUGCAGGCUCUUCACUCGUCAGCAUGUCCCUCCCUCUGUGGGCAUGUCUGUUUUAUAUCCACCAUGAGUUUGCUACAUAUGCCUUCUCUCUUUGAUGAUAGAGAGCUCUUCCAACCAAAUUCAAUAGCAUCCUAUCCAUUGCUUAGUCUUGCACCCUCUUAAACCCUCUACAAAUUGUGAAAUAAUAGAAAGUGAAGAACUGUGCUGCUUAUUCAGAACCCAUAUUCAGAGAGUUUUAUUUGGACAUGUGAUAGGAAGAAAAAAUUAUUUUGAGUCAUAGAAAUAUUGUUUGAUAACAUGGAUUUGAUUGAUAUUUAAAAUACUACCCUUGAAAAAGGACUGCAUUAUUCAUAUCCUAUACAUUUUAUAUACAGUACAUAGAUAGUUGGAGUACCAUGUUUCAUACUAUUCGUUUUAAAUAAAAUACUUGAAUUAUCAAAAUACAAAGGCAUUGUAGGAAUGGAAUUUAACAAAGGAAUUAUUUCCUGUAUUAAGACUCUUAUUCUUUGUAAAAACAGACCACCUCUUUCAUUCCAAGACCUACAAAGCAUUCUGGUAGUGAUCUAUCAGCCUGUUGGCUGAGGUGUUUGUGUAUUGGGACUCUGCAAAUGGUCACAAUUAGAAUACAGUAGGGGUUAAAGGUGGUCUGAAUAUUGGUCAGUUUAAAUGUAUCAGGUCUGUUUGUGGUCACAUGGUCAAAGGAAGGAUGUUGAUCUUAACUUAUGCUCAGGGCUUUUUUCACUUCUCUCUUCUUGUCUCUGGCUCUUCUCUCUGGGCUUUGCUCUUGAGAGUUGGGUUACAGGCCAUAGGCCAGUCUCCCAGCCUUCAAUGGCUUCUCUCUUUCUUGCUCUGUCUCUCCCAUUUCUCUUUCUCUCCCAUUUAUCUCUGUCUUUCUAUCCUCCAUUCCCUCUCACUCAGGCAGUAUGCAUUCUGGUUUCAUAUACAUAUUUCAUACAUCCAAUUUGUAAUUAUUUUAUCUAAAUUGUAACCAUCUGAUGUAACCUUUUAAGACAUUACUGUUAUUAAACAUUUUCAACUUAAUCUGUCUAGUUUCUAGCACUGUGUAAACUAUAUACUUUAAAGUGCUCCAUAUUGCUUAACAAUAAGGUCAUAUUUUGGUUCUAAACAAUGCUCUCCCACAUUAUUAGCUAUUCUAACUGAGCUUAUUUCAUAAGUGGUGGUGGUGGUGUAGUGGUCUAAAGCACAUAACUGGUAAUCUGGCAAUCAGAAAGUCACUGGUUCGAUCCCCACAGUCACCACCAUUAUGUCCUUGAGCAAGGCACUUAACUCCAGGUUGCUUGGUGGGAUUGUCCCUGUAAGUUGCUAUGGAUAAAAGCAUCUGCCAAAUGCAUAAAUGUAAAUGUAAGUAGCAGGAGGGGGUAAUAGACAAGAAAUGCAGUUUUAUUCCAUUUUGCUGUUAACUUUUCUUCAGUCACCUCAGCAUUCUUACAUCUUGAACCACCUUACAGCAUGUUACAAAUACAAAUAAAUGUGUUUGCUAAUAUACAAUUUUUCCUGCCUAGAUCAGUGUUUGGGCACAGUAUGUUGUACUGGAGGUGUGCAAUAAAUUAAAUUAUUUGCCUAGAUUAUUUACCUGCCUAGAAAUAUAUAAAAUGGUUUAGGUUACACGUGGUACAUGUCAUCAGAGGAAAAUGCAAUCUAUAAGACAAUCUAAAGCAGCUUUUCAAAUGUAAAAAUAUUAGCUGUAUUUUAUUAAAAUAUCUUUUCCAUUAAA